AGGGUUUUCUUCAGUUUUGUGACCAUAAAACAACAGUUGGUGCGGUUACGCGGUGCGCUAGCGAGAGUUGUGUUUGACAAAUAACAGGUUGUUCGAAGACACCGAUUUCGCUACGUUUUGUUUAAUUUAUGUGUUAUUUUUCUGUUUAAUCCGUCUAUUUAGUAGUUACUUUAGUGUACUUACUUAAGUGGAUGUUAGAUGAAAUCUCGGUAAGGAACCAACAGCAGAAGGCUGACAAAACAACCGACAUAAAGCAGGCUUGGUGGCUUCUAUUGAAUCAGCAUGUGACCCAAAUCGGAAAUUUCUCUUCUUUAUAAAUAACUGGAAAGACUCUCUAAUGUCUUAAAUGCAUCGCCAAAAGUGAAGAAACUUCCUGAGAUUGGUGAAUGGAGGAAUAUCCUGGCAGAUGUUGACAUUUUGUCAUGGUUCAAUUCAACCUGUAUCUCCUGAAUGAUCAGGUGCCUAAAGCUCUCGCUGCACAUUCAGCAAGUGAAUAAAUAGUACUACGAUACUUUGUAUCUGUUAUAAAAGUAAUAAAGUGCAGGAAUGUUAUGUUAGAAUGUGAAAAAUGUCCACCCAAAGGUUUUUCUAUACAUCUGAUAGUUGUCAACUGCAGAUUUGGAGCUAAAGAUGACUGUGGAAGAGCAGAGUCCGUGUUACAGAUGGAAGUAGGACAAUGAAGCACAAUGGCUCAUGCUGAGAAUCAUAGAUAUAUUGUGCAGGUGUUUGUGGGUGCACUGUCUGCUCAGUAUGAGGCUCUCUCAGUUGAGGCCUCCAAACAAACCAGUUCUGAGGAGAUUGUGUGCUGCAUUGCCGAUAAACUCAACUUGAAUGAUGGAUCUGCAGGACCUUAUGAACUGGCAGAGGUGGUGGGAGACAUGGUCAGCGGCGAGUGUAAAGAAAGGCGGUUGGGGCCCAACGAAUCACCCGUCGCUGUCAUGCUACUCUGGCCGAACAACAACUCUGGCCAGUAUUACAGGUUCUAUUUGCGCGAGAAAAUACCAGAUGAACCCUGGAUGGAGAACUUUUCGGUGGAUCCGCAGCUGAUAAAGGAUUACUUCCAGCGGUUCCUCUAUCAACCAAAGGACCGGGAGUAUCCAGAUCUGUGCCAGCUACCAGAACUCAACGAGCAAACGCUGCUUGAUAAUCUCCGCGCAAGAUUCGGGGCCGGAUACAUCUACACAUAUGUCGGCUCUAUUUUAAUAGCCCUCAAUCCGUUCAAGUUCUAUCCAAUCUACAAUCCAAAGUAUGUGAAAUUGUAUCAGAACAAGAGAAUAGGCUCAAGUUUGCCUCCGCAUAUUUUCGCCGUCGCAGACGCCGCUUACCAUUGCAUGUUGAGGGAAAGAACUAAUCAAUGCAUUGUGAUCAGUGGAGAAAGUGGAUCUGGGAAGACUGAAAGCACGAAUUUUCUUCUUCACCACCUCACAGCGCUGAGUCAGAAAGGAUCGCACGGCAGCGGCGUAGAACAAACAAUAUUGAGCGCUGGGCCUGUUCUGGAAGCCUUUGGGAAUGCGAAAACUGCUCACAACAACAAUUCAAGUCGAUUUGGGAAGUUCAUACAAGUGAACUACAAGGAAAAUGGCAUGGUACACGGUGCGGUUGUACAAAAAUACUUACUGGAAAAAUCGCGAAUUUGUAGUCAGGGCCGUAACGAGAGGAACUAUCAUGUGUUUUAUUAUUUGUUGGCCGGUGCUUCGGAGCAGGAAAAGGCUCAGUUGCAUUUGUUGACUGUGGACAAAUAUAAUUAUUUAUCAAGGACUGGGUGUAGUGUAGUGCCAGGUGUGGAUGAGCAGUAUGAAUUCUCAAGACUUAAGCAGUCAAUGGAGAUGGUGGGAUUCACCAUGGACAAGCAACGGAGACUGUUUGCUGUUCUGUCUGCUGUGCUACUUUUAGGCAAUGUGGAGUUUCAGCCACAGCGAAAAUCAUACCAUCACGAUGAAGCGGUAGGGGUUAAAAACCCUGAAGUGGUUUCACUAAUAUCCUCGCUGUUACGAGUGAAGCAGGAGACACUGCUGGCUGCACUCACUUCUAAGAGAGCACGAGCUUCCGGCGAAACGCUUGUUAUUAAUUACAGAUUGCCGGAGGCCAUAGCGACGCGCGACGCGAUGGCUAAGUGCCUGUACGGCGCGCUGUUCGACUGGAUCGUGAUGCAGGUGAACCACGCACUGCUCUCCAAGAAGGAUACUUUGAGAGAACAUCAGGGGCAUAGUAUAGGUGUCCUCGACAUAUUCGGCUUCGAAGAUUUCGGUCCGAACAACAGCUUCGAGCAGUUAUGCAUAAACUAUGCGAAUGAACACCUGCAAUACUAUUUCAACCAACACGUUUUCAAGUAUGAGCAAGAAGAGUACAGACGCGAAGGCAUUCGGUGGACAGAUAUUGGCUUCUCGGACAAUACUGGGUGCUUGCAACUCAUUGAGGGGAAGCCUGGUGGACUGUUAUGUGUGUUGGAUGAUCAGUGCAAUUUCCCAUGGGCAACAAACGAGACGCUACUACAGAAAUUCAACUCCGUACACGAAGAUAACCCGUUCUACGAAAAGCCGCAACGACGGGAACCAGCUUUCGUCGUUCGGCACUACGCUGGCAGAGUUAAAUAUCAGGUGACAAUGAUGCGUGAGAAGAACCUAGACUUGAUGCGGCAGGACAUCGUCAGCGUGUUGAAGAAUUCGUCACUGGCGUUCGUCAGGGAGCUUGUGGGUGUCGACCCCGUUGCUGUAUUCCGGUGGGCCAUUGUGCGGGCCUUUUUCAGAGGUUAUUUCGCGUUCAUGGAAGCAGGACGCCGGCACCGCGUGAAUCGCGUCGACGGAGCCUCAAGGAUCCCUCGUGCUUCCAUACACUGUCCCAAUGACAGUAUUAUCAGAUCUCCGCAUAGAGCCCCGUGCAAGGCUGUGACUCCGCGGGGCGAUAGUAAGCAACGGCCAGAAACUGGGGGGCCUCGCGUGGGUGGGAAAGGGGGGAAGCAUUACAGGAUUGCGGAGACGCGCGUGCGGCGAGUCGAUCGCGAGCGCGACGAGCGCAACUUCGAUGAUACGGACGUGAUGCAGCGCGCCAGCCAGAUCGUCAUGAAGAACAAGUCAUUCAGACCUCGAGAACGGGCGAAGAAAGGGUUAAAGAAUCUUCAGACGGUCAAAACGUUGGCUGGUAGGACUGCUGCGCCGACUGGCAAACGGAAACAACCCUUGACUGUCGCUGCGCAAUUUCAGCAUUCCUUGGCUGCGCUUAUGGAGACUUUAAAUCAAGCAAAUCCAUUCUUUAUCAGAUGCAUAAAGUCGAACAGCGAAAAAGUACCCAACGUGUUUGACGAAGAAACCGUGCAACGUCAACUCCGAUACACGGGCAUGCUCGAGACCGUCCGUAUACGACAGGCAGGAUACAACGUUCGACUGACAUACGAUGAGUUCAUACAGUUGUAUAGAAUACUUUUGCCGAAAGGACUGUUGAGUUCGCAAACUGACGUACGGCAUUUCCUCGCGACUUUGAAUUUGGAUCGAGAUAACUAUCAAUUAGGUGCUACAAAAAUCUUCAUGCGCGAAAGCGAGCAAACGAAACUGGAGUAUAGAUUACACCAGCAGAUUAUGGCCUCCAUCAUCACAAUCCAGCGCUGGUUCAGAGCCGUGCUCGAGCGACGCCGCUUUCUUGCACUUAGACGCGCCUCGGUCAUCAUACAGGGCUAUUGCAGAAACUGGCUUGCUGCGCGACAAGAAGCAGCUACAAAACUGCAAGCUUGGUUCCGUGGCAGUCGCACGCGGCGAUGGUACAUUCGACUACGCGACGCAGUUACUACAUUCCAAGCCGCUGCAAAAGGUUAUCUGCUUAGGAAAACUCUACCUGAGUUGAGAAGGCGACUGCCGCUUUCGAAGACGCGAACUGAGCAUGACGGCAAGACGGGCGACUGCGACGCUUUCAAGGCGCAUGCGACGAGUUCGAUGCUAGGUAGCAUCGAACAGUUGCAGAACAUAUUUGAUAUACAACUGAAUAUGUUAAUCCAAGACGAGGCGGAAAAAACGCGACAGUUACGAGCAACGCAGUCCCUACCCAUCGCCAGUUUGGAAAAGAAACGCGAGAACAUAAUAUUGGAAAGCUCCACUCAGUCUUACGGCAAGAGGAGAGUAACGAAGACACAGAACAUUACCGAAUUGCCUUUAAAACAAUCUACUGCCAAUCUAAUCCACCAAGAAGUGAACGAAACGUCACCCGACGACACCUGGAGCAACUCAGUCAAGUACUCACAGUCGGGAGUGGCGGUGCCAAACAAGAUCACCACAGACGACCUGGCCAAUGAACUUCUAUGGUUACGUUUGGACCAGAAUUACCUCAUGGCCGAGAAGAACAAGAUUCGUGAGGAAAAGGAACGAGAGUUAGCAGAAUCAAUAGCGAGUAGUAGCGAGGAGUAUCUGCGCCAGGUUGGCGACUGGAAUCCUUCAGACAGCGUCGACAAUCGGAAUAAUUCCAGUAGCAGACGCGGCUCCCCAGCGGUGUACCAGCGCAGCCUGUCCAGCACGACGCUGGAGCCCACGCGGCCGGCCGGCCUGCACAGCCUGCCGCCCGUGCGCCGCGACCCGCGCCACCACGCGCCCACACACCCCUCACCCGCCGCUCUGGCCGUCGAACCUGCGCCAGCUUGCCUAGCAGCACAGCGCACAGUAGAAGCGCCCCCCUCGGCUCCCCCGGCACCGCCCGCGCGCUCGCUGCGACGCUCCCCCCGACGGCUGCAGCGGCCAGAGCGGGCCGAUGCACCUGCGCACAUCGUCGACCAGCAUGACAUUAAACGAGUGACCUCAGAGUUAAUGGCGCCACUGGAAGUUGUGGCCCCGCUGGCGCGGCCCGCGGUGGCGGGUGUGAGCGCUGAGGCGCUGCGGCGCCGCAACUCCGACCCCGCCCCCGCGCCCUGCAUGCCCGCGCCGCGCGCGCCCGACCCGCGCUCCACAGAUUACAUCGGACAGACCACCAACGGGCUCUUUCGGAUCGCUGGGCACAGGUUUCGCAAAGGCACUCGUUUCGCAAAGGGCGACAAAUGCAUUUAUUGCCACCAAGCGAUCGACGCGUUUGUCACACAGGGCCAGCGUUGCAUCGACUGCAAACAACUCUACCACACGAAAUGCAUACAAAAUAAAGGCGUAAUUACAAUGCCUUGUUCGAGUCCCUUCGAGCCAGUCACGUUAAGAGGCAGGCACAAAAAACGAAUCAUAUUAAAAGAUUCUACGCUAAACCUCAUCCCGGACCAUUCCAAGAGUUCAGUGACGUCGAACUUCAGUCUCACAGGGACGUCCGAGUUUAUGGACAGGACGGACAAGAUAAUAUCAGACGCUACCGAGUUGCAGGCCAUGCAGAAUUUUAUAACAAACAAAAUUUAUCAAAUUGAAUCGACUGAGAACGAAAAGAAACAAUCCGAGGUGGACCGUGUGUUCAAGCACGCCUUACGCGAAUUCAAAGACAACUUAGUAGCGACAUACAGCGUGGUCGAAACAAGAGGGUCAGCCCUCAAAUACAAAGAUCUUAUCGGGAACUUUCUUCACGUCAUGGAGACAGUGUGUGCUAGGGAGGGCUCGACCCUCUCAAUUACUAUGGGAGUGAAUGCUUUUAGAGGGUUCAUGGACGAGUUUAUGAGUCAACAUGAAACAGAUAAAGCCAGGACAAAGAGGAAAAAGGAUAAGAAACGAAAAGUUGACGACCCAAUUCAAUUCAAAAAUCACACAUUCAUCCUGUCGAUGAUUAAUAUCCCGACCGAGUGCGAGGUCUGCAAGACCUUCUUCAUGUGGCCCAUCGAGCGCUCGCUCAUCUGUCAAUCCUGCAAGCUUGUAUCGCACAAGAAAUGUUAUACAAAGGUGGCAACUCAAUGCAGAAAGGACAGCUCGCGACCAGCAGCGGCUAUUGUAGGCGUAGUGGAUGCUGGAGGCCGAGAAGAGAUCGGCGUCGUUAACCGAGGACAAGUUUUCGGCGUUCCGCUAAGCGAGCUACCUACAGGAGACAGCAAUAUUCCUAUUGUGGUAGACCGUCUUAUAACUACGAUAGAAAUGACUGGGCUGUAUACAGAGGGAUUGUACAGGAAAAGUGGACUUAGUUCAAAGGUGCGUGAACUUCGGCGCCUACUAGACGAGCGACCGGAAGAAGGCGUGGAGCGCCUCGACUCGUACGCAGUGCACGUGAGAGCUUCCGUACUGAAAGGAUUUUUCCGCGAACUGCCCGAGCCACUGCUCACGUUUGACCUUUACGACGACUUCAUUCUGGCUGCGGAAAUCACGGAUCCACAGGAAAGAGUAUCGAGCAUAUUCACUAUUCUCAAGAAGCUGCCUAAGCCAAACUUCGAUCUAGUCGAAAGACUCAUAUUCCAUCUUGCCAGAGUCGCGCUCGGGGAAGACCACAACAGGAUGGGCCCGAAUGCAUUGGCGAUCGUGUUCGCGCCGUGCAUCCUGCGCACGCACAAAGUGCAGCCCGCACAGGAUUCGCUGCACGACAUCGCGCGACAGACCGCCUGUCUCGAGGCCAUCCUAGUCGACAAGAUGCGCACGGUGCGCGGCAUGCUGCAAGACAUUGCGACCUUGGAAAGCGCAUGUCACAGCGCCAGCAGCCGGCUGGUGUCCUUACGCUCAUCACAGGCGCCACAGCCCGAGGAGCAGACGUUGCAGAGUCAUCUGGUAGUCUUGCAAAGGGAGAAGGCCGCGCUCACCUGUAACCUGCCUUCGCUCAUCAGGGCAACAUCGGACGACGACCUCCUAUCAACAACGGAUCACGACGGCGAAUUCGGUAGUCAAGACGACCUCAGCGCCGGCGCAGCCUCGCUGCGCUCACAGCGGCUAUUGCAAAGACAGCUAUCCUCCGACGACCCCAUCAUGGUCUAACACCGCGACGCUGUAGAUAUAUAUGGUCAUUGUUACCCAUCGAAAGCGAAAUAACUCCGCUGAUGCUCUGGUGAAUGACUUUGACGUCUCUACAGCACUAGUUUUAUUACAACACAGAUGCAAUAAAACACUACACAUAAUAAAUACAAAAGGUACAUCAAAUCUAUGAAUAUUUAUAUCAGCACUGGUAGCACAUUGGCAGCGAAUGACAAGUUUAAUACUAUACUGAUUUGAAUUAAUGAGCACGACCUGUCAUUUUUUUAACAACAAAUAAUAUUUAAAGAAAUUUAGAGACGUUGAUCGCGUACCAACGGCUUUGUGACUACUAGUGCUGUAUGUGAAAAUGGAAAAUUGUCCUAGAGGAUACCUAUUAUGCCAAAAAUGAUAGAUCUAAUCGUUAAAAACGUAAAUACUGAUAGAUCUAAGCCUGGAUAUACUUCUUGCCAUUAUAAAUUAUAUGCGAGAACCCGGAUGUACUAAAUGAGAUUAUUUUUUAUUAUUAAGGACAUCUAUGAAUUAUGUCACACGCGGUUGUGUAAGCUUGUAGGAGACAAAAAAAAAACCCAAAAUUUUGAGACAGUACUUAUUUGUUGUUCAAAUUUAAAAAAUGUUUAAUUGGAAUGUACAAACACUAAAAGUUCAUUUUCAAAGGACGUAAAUAGCAAAAAGUUUUUAGAUAUUACAGGAGUAUCGUCUUCUCAAAUCUUCUCGUGUGCCUUUAAAAGGUAUAAAAUUGUGACCUAAAUCGUAGAUGGUUCCCGAAGUUAAUCAGUAACAGAUUGUAAUCUUCAGUGCUGUUAUAUUGUCGUACUUAGAGUUAGUAAUGAGCUUAUUCCAUAGUGUACUGAGCCCUCACGCCCCAAGAAAGUACCUAUCGGUCUUUGUGUCCAAAUACUUAAGUGUAUAAUGAAUGAACAAGACCAGGGUUUCACGACGUUUUAUGCUAGAUCAGAUUCCCAAAAUGAUUUAAACGAAUUUUGUUGAUAGUGAUGUUCGAGUCUUAACAGUUCCUCACAUUUAUAUUUUAUUUUGGAAUCGAAUAACAUUACGAUUAGACAAAGAUAUUUUAUUAGAUAGAGAUAUUUUAUGCCAGUUUUCUAACAUCGCUGAUUCUAAGCUGGCGCGUAGUGGAAUGCAGCCUGACCGGUGUUGAAUUGGCGUCGUGAAGUCCGAGCCUUAUUGAUAAAAUAUUUUUCGUACAUGGGAUUUAUAUCACCCACGCACUGACAUUAUAUUUUAUGACAUAUUUUCUCUCUGUACAUAUGUAAAUCUUGUGAUUAUUAUUAGCUGUAUGAUUUCUUUAAGGUUACUGUUUUACUAUGUGUUCCAAGUUGCCUUUUCGUUGACGAAUUGUACACGUUAUAAAAUGACAUGGCGAUUGUGAUUUUUUAUUUUCGACAUAGGUAGUAAGCAUUAAAAGAUUUUAUUGGAGUCACUAAAUUGUUAAUGAAUUGGAUCAUUCCAAAAGCAUUUUAUUAGUAAAAUAAUUACCAUUUUUAUUGAUAAUUUUUGUAUAAUUUUUUCUUACCUAUAAGUUGCGUUUUAAAAAACCUAUUAUACGAUAUUUAAUUAGUGUUUAUUAUCAAAACUUUUCACUAAACAGAAGCAUCAUCCUAUUUACUUCGUAUUUUAUAGUUUGUAAAAUAAUUUAAACCUUGCUUUUUAUGCACCAAUGACUAUUUUUUUUAUUUAUAUAUAUUAUAAGCUCACAACUUUUCCAUAAUACAUGUAAUUACCAUGACACAAAAUUUUAGUUUUCCAUCCGGUUUUCAAUCCGGUUGCCAUACAAUUAAUAUCAAAGCAAUAUUUUAAUAAAACUUUCCUAUAUUUGCUUUCAUAUUCUCAAAGACUGUCUAUUGAUAAGCUAUUGAAUUUAUUGUUAAGUCACAAAUCUUUUUCUCCGCUUUAUAGUUUUUAAUGAUUUACUAUUCAGACAACGAAUAUCUCUGUGAAAUCUUAUUUAAUGACGUUUGUACAGCGCAGAAAGCAGAUUUUUUACAUUUACAGCUCAAUUUAUUUAAGUUCUUGGUUUUUAUCGAACUACAUUUUAUUUACAAAAUAAACGUUAAGCCAGAAAACAAUGUUUGAAUCUCACAAGGAAUGCUAUUGCAAAUAGUGGCUAUUUUUCGUCUAACUUUUUAAAAGAUGAUGUUCCUUUAUUCUUAUGAAAUUAAUAACUUAUUGGGAAAUAAAAUGCGCAUCGAGGUGCCGAACAAAUCCAAUGUCUAUAUCUAUGUACUUAUAGAACACUGUUGACUUCUCUUUCAUUGGGGUUGUGUCGCAGUAUAGGUAGCGACAAAUACCUUGACCAUAGUAGAUACGGAGCGAGUUUGAAUAAAAGUAAACGCAAAUUAUUUUGCAUUGUUCCUGCCGAAAAUUAUUAGGUAAGGCAUUGCGAGCGCGCUCCACAUAGACGAAUUUUAAUUCUGUUAUGGAACUAAUGAAUCAAACUCGAAUGACAUUUUGUACAUACAAUCUAUUAUAGAAACUUAUGUCUAGGGUGUGAUUUGUUAGGUUAGUUGUAAGUAAAGUCUCACAAUUAAAAGGGCUUAAAUAUCUCUUAAUUUUAGGCAACGAAAGUGUCCCAACUUUAAGCUAGUUUUCAAAACAAACUCGUGAGACAAUUACAUGCUACCCCGCGUAUACAGUUUCUGCAAUACAAAUACGAAGAUGCUGAUGAUUUUAUUCGACUCCCCGUAGGCUUAGUCGCAAUAGAGCCACUGAACUCGCUCCUUAUUUAUCUGUCGUCAAGUCAUUUGCCGCAACCAACAAUCUACUGUAUUUUCUGUGCCUUCAAAUAGUUUGCUUUCAGCAGUCCAUGUCUAUGAAAGUUUAGAUGUUACUGUUGUCGUUUACAUAUGUUAGAACCUUAUUAUAUUAUUGUUAGAGUCAAACACAUAAUAUUUAGACUACGAAACGUGUUUUCGAAGUUGUUUUGUAUAGUUACUAUAGUACUAUGUAUACUGUUUCUAUGCCCCAUCAGUAAACAUACUCAUAAUCAUAACUUUAGUUCUAUGUAAAGAGUAAUUGUGCAAUGUGGCUACAUGUAGGAUGUAACGACACUUUAGAAGUGUAUGUAGAUAACCGCGAGUUCCAUUUAAGUACGAUUAUGUAAAUAAUUUAGUUAUACAAUUUUAGCCGAUAUCCCAUAUUGCGUUUAUGUAUUAAGAACGCUUUUAAUCUGUGAGUAGUCCCUAUGUUGACAAUUCCCUUUUGGUGCCUCUAUGUGAAUUUAAAAUUUGUAUUGUUUGUUUUAUAAAAUCUAAACUUGAUUUUCUUUUCUUAAGAUUUAAGAUUUAGUAAAUUCUUGUCGAUGUAGUAAAGGCCAUACAGUCCUAUGCAAAGCUUUUUCUUUGAUCUAUCUUUAUCUAAAGUGGCCUUUUUAUUCUUUUAUCUUCUAUAAAAUAGCAAACUUUUAUAGAUGUGUACUUAAAAUUAUUCUAAAUUCACUGUUAGCGUUGUUUACACGUGUUUAUUUUGAUGACAUAGCCAGUUUUUUACCAUGUCAGUGGAGAGUACUUCUAGUUGAACAUUGUAAGCUUAAGUUAACAUGAUAUUACUGGGAUAUUUCCAAUAUUGUUUGUCAAACUUGUAGUUAUAUUCUCUAAGGACCAACACUAUGUCGUUUACAUUUAUAUUCCUGUAUGUUAUUUGACUGUGAAGUUUCUCCUACAUGUUAAUCAUUAAUGAAUCUUGUAAUAUAUUAAUAACAUGUAUAUUGUUCAACUUAUUUUUAGGACUCCUAUAUUGUGUCAAUAUAA